CCUCCCCUCCCGUUUGCUUUUGUCUGAUUCCUUCCUGCUUCUCUCGGGCUCAGCCUCUCUUCUCUCUCUCUUUCUCUGUCCCUUUCUCUCUCUCUCUCUCUCCCCUUUCAUAAAAAGAUGCCGAGCUCGCUCUUCACCGACAUGGAGCGGAACCCCGGCGGCGGCAGCAACAAUAACAACGGAGGAGGAGGAGGAGGGGAGACGCUGGAUGACCAGAGAGCGCUGCAGAUCGCCCUGGAUCAGCUCUCGCUGCUCGGUUUGGACAACGACGAGAACUCCAUUUACGAUAACGAGCCGAGGAAGAAGAGCGUCAACAUGACCGAGUGCGUGCCUGUGCCGAGCUCGGAGCAUGUAGCAGAGAUUGUGGGGAGACAAGGUUGCAAAAUCAAAGCUUUGCGGGCAAAGACCAACACCUACAUCAAAACCCCGGUGCGUGGGGAGGAGCCUGUCUUCGUUGUGACCGGUCGCAAGGAGGAUGUGGCCAUGGCGAGGCGGGAGAUCAUCUCGGCGGCCGAACAUUUCUCCAUGAUCCGAGCUUCUCGCAACAAGAACACGGCGCUGAACGGGGCGGCGCCAGGCCCGCCGAACCUGCCGGGUCAGACCACCAUCCAGGUGCGGGUGCCUUACCGGGUGGUGGGCUUGGUGGUCGGGCCGAAAGGGGCGACCAUCAAACGCAUCCAGCAGCAGACCCACACUUACAUCGUCACCCCGAGCCGGGACAAGGAGCCGGUUUUCGAGGUGACCGGGAUGCCCGAGAACGUGGACCGGGCGCGGGAGGAGAUCGAAGCCCACAUCGCCAUGAGGACGGGCGGCUUGAUCGAACUCACCGACGACAACGAUUUCCACGCGAACGGCACCGACGUGGGUUUUGAGCUGGGCGGCCCGGGCAGCCUGUGGAGCAAGCCGACCCCCGGGCGUAAGCCGUUCGCUACUUACCGGAACGACAGCUCGAGUUCGCUGGGCAGCGCGUCCACCGACUCUUACUUCAGCCCGGCCGGCCGCCUGGCCGACUACAGCCCGCCCGCUCACUUCCCCGCCAACGGCGUUAACGGAGGCGGCGGCGGCGGAGGAGGAGGAGGAGGAGGAGGCGGCGGAUUCGUGUACGGAGCGGAGCCCCUCCCCGCCUCCCUGACCGGGGAAACCGAGCGGGACUUGGGUUUCGAGUCUCCCGCUUUCGACCCGGCCCCCGCGCCCCCGGCCAUCAUCUGGUCGCAGUUCGAGCGCUCCAACCCGCCCGGCGCUUCCCCGAACGGCGGAUCUCCGGCGCAGCAGCAGCGGCGGGCCAGCGGCGUCGGUUCGGCGGGAGCUCCGCCGCCCCGGCUCUCGCCGCCCCCUCCGCCCCCCCCUCCGCCGCCCCCUCCACCGCCGCUGGGGCUGAACGGAGCCGCCGCUGGCGGGGAGCACCACCCGCUCGCCCGGCGGGUUCGCAGUGACCCCCUGAGCGGGGUGCCCUCAGCCAUCGGUCUGGUCCCCUUCGCCAACGGGGUGCCCGCUGGUGGCUUGCUGCCCGGGAGCACUCACCUGGCCGGAGGCGGUAUCCCAGCCGAGCCCAGCGGCUCCUGCUCAUCCUCUUCAUCCUCAUCUUCCUCGUCCUCAUCAUCUUCCUCCUCCAGUAUGAGGCGGAAAGGCAGCCGGGACUGCCUGAUGUGUCUGGAGAGCGAGGUGAUCGCUGCCCUGGUGCCCUGCGGUCAUAACCUUUUCUGCAUGGAGUGUGCAAACAGAAUUUGCGAAAAGACUGAGCCUGAGUGUCCAGUCUGCCGCAAAGCUGUAACUCAGGCGAUUCGUAUAUUUUCUUAAAAAUAAAACACCAGGCAGGAGCAAAAUCCUUUGUCAUACUGCAUCACUGAGAUCCAGAAAAGAGCAAAAAAAAAAGAGUACUACAUAUCGCGUAUAUUAUGUGAAAAUCCGCAGGUUUUAACAAAAGAAAUAGAAUUCUAAAAAAAGGAGAAUUGCAUUACAGAUUGAAGUAUUUUAUUCUUUUUUGACUUGAAAAAUUAUAUUUCGUAUGGCAGAUGUUUACAAGUAUUUUAAUUUAAUUUCAGUGAGACUUUUUUGUAGCUGGGUUAAAUCUUUUUAUUUUCAAAUGGCCUUAAACCAGGGCGCCACGAACACUGUAUGGUUUUGUUAGUAUCUCACACAAUACUGUUGCCUGGCUCUUGAGACGCAACACCAAUGUGUAGACACGAGCAGUAUUCAGGAGGGAAGGCGGUUUCACCAGAAACAGAAGUGGGAAAAAAAAAGACUUCUUUAAAAAAAAAACCCGCUUCACCCAACAUAUUUUCUAGUCAAUGAUAUAAAACAUAUUUUAUUCUAUAUUAUUACGAAAAUGAAAUUAUAAAAGUAGCAAAAAUCAAUGAAAGGAAACAGUUAAGCUUUCUAACAUUUGUACAAGUAGAAAUCAGUGAAAAAUUACAAAUUCUGUUGCACCACUAUAGCUUUUAGUAUUUCUAUUUUAAUACAUUUGUUUACCACUUGUUUAUGUAUAUGUAGGUGAAGUUACUUGAUCGUAAAUGUACUUUAUUGAGCAAAGUUUAAAGACGAAAUAUAUUUUAUUUUAUGAUAAAGGGCCUUUAACCUCAUGGUCAAAUACUAAUAUUAUAUUUGCUGAGACGAGAAUUGAAAUUGUAUCAAGAGUUUUAUUUUUCUGACAUUUAAAGUUCUACAUAAUAAAGGUAAAACUUAAGUAAUGGUGCUACUUCAUGUUUUUUUUAAGUAUUUCUAUAUAAAUAAAAUUGGUACAUGGAAUCAACAAUUCUUGAAGCAUCUGUUGGUCUUAAUAUACUACACACACUUAGACACACUGCAGACUGCUAAAAUGGUAUUGAAAACUUGUAAGGAAAGCUCUAAACCUCUUAACUGACAAAUAUGUGAAUGGGUUAAUGAGAUCACUGGCGGUAGCCAAUAUUUACAUCAGAACAGAGUACCUGGUUUUACUAUGCAUGCACACUACGGAUGCUUAGAUCUGCUUAGAAUCUGUAUUAAUAGUCAUGCUUAGAUACUGUGAAUAAAACUCUGUACUCCAGCUGCAUUAAUAGUUACUGCACGUGCUGUUUGGCUUGUAGUUCAGACUGUUGUUAAUUUACAAUAAAUACAAAUUAUUUUUAAA